AUGAAUAGCAGUCGCAUCUGUGUUGCCGUACGAAAGCGUCCCAUCGCUGAUGCUGACAAAGACAUUGUGGUGGCACAAUCCCCACACUUGGUGGUGAAUGAACCAAAGGUAAAGUAUGAUUUAACACCAUACACGGAACGGCAUCAAUUUACGUAUGAUCAUGUCCUGGAUGAGAAUUCUAACAAUGCUUUAGUGUAUCAGCGUUGUUGUUCAAUGCUUAUUGACACACUUUUUAACCAUGGUAAUGCCACCUGCUUUGCAUACGGUCAGACAGGUAGUGGAAAAACACACACAAUGCUUGGUAAUGAUCACGAAGCCGGUCUUUACGCUAUUGCAGCAAAAGAUAUUUUCUCACGUGCUGCAUCUCUUAAUGCUGAAGUGUACAUUGCAUUUUAUGAAAUCUACGGCCGAAAAAUUUUUGAUUUACUAAACAACAAAGAACGACUAGUGGCACGUGAAGAUGGUGAUAAGGUGAUAAAUAUCUGUGGAUUAAGUGAACAUAAAGUCACAGAUAUUCAAGGCCUUUUCGAUAUUAUUUCCCGCGGUAGUGCCUAUCGUGCUGCAGGACAAACAAGUGCAAACAGUGAAAGUAGUCGUUCCCAUGCGGUUUUACAAAUGGAAGUGCGAGAAUCAGGAAAUCGACGUGCUCGAACGAUUGGUCGGAUUUCAUUCAUUGACUUAGCUGGUAAUGAACGUGGUGCAGAUACCUUUGACUGUGAUCGCAAAACACGCAUGGAAGGAGCGGAGAUUAAUAAAUCUCUCCUCGCAUUAAAGGAGUGUAUUCGUGCACUUGGAAUGGGCAAAUCGCAUGUCCCCUUCCGCGGUUCCAUUCUCACCGAAGUGCUGCGUGACUCCUUCGUGGGCAACAGUCGCACAACGAUGAUUGCGACUAUUUCCCCCGCCUCUGCGCACUGCGUGAAUACACUCAACACCCUGCGGUACACCCAACGUGUGAAGGACCUCGGCGGGGAGUCAAAGGCGGUGGCCGUCGAGAAGGUGGAGCGGCGACCGGUGAAGAAAGUCAAGCCGUUCGAGGCCCCGCCGCCCAUUAAGGCCCGGCCGGAGUGGGUCGAUAGCUUCGCCGUGCCCGAUGGCGAGCGGGCCGCAGGCGCAGAAGACGAAGGCGGAAACAGCAACAGCAACAGUCAUAACAACAACAGCAACAAUACUAACAACAACAAUAAUAAUAAUAUUAAUAACAACAACAAUGAAGUUGUGCGGGCACCGCCGCGGUCGCGCGCAGGUAAAAUGGCGGCCGGUGGUGCACCAGCGGGGAAUGCGCAAGGAGGUGCAAAGGGCCGCCGUGCACGGCGUGAGGUGUUGGUGCGGGAUCCAAAGAUCGCCACCAUCGUGCAGAACCACAUCGCCGCGCUUGAAGACGACAGCGAUGAGGAAGAAGAGGAGGAGGAGGGCGCGGGCUCUACUCCCCUCGGGGCCCUCGCCAAAAGUGAGGAGAAACAAGUACGAAAAGUACACGCCCAUGUCGUGGAGGAAAUUGCAAAGGCAGAGGAAAAACUUGUGGCAUUUCAUCGACGACAUAUUGAUACUAAAAUGACUGGAAUUAAGGAAGAGAUACGCGCCAUUCAAGCCUUUGAAGACUCAGACUCCGUAGAUGAGUAUGUGGGUCGCGUACGUGCACUUCUGGUGCGCCAGAAACAAGAUGUGGAGACACUCCUCGGGCUUCUUAACGGUAUUACUGGUAUGUUGCGUGAGGAGGAGGAACUUUCCAGUACAUUAAACUCUUCUUUAAAGGUACGCAAAUAA